GACAGGAAGUCGCUUUUGUUGUCUUGGCCGAGGGAGAGCAAGAUGUCUUCCCUGGACGUUCAGGAUUUUAUCCAGCAAAACCGAGCUGUGGCCGAGCAGGUGGAGAACUACAGAGGCUACUGGGAGAGCGACAAGCACUGGGAGCCCAGGCGGGAGUUCAUCCUGCGGAACUUGAACGACUUUGAAGACUCGCAGCUGGACCACCUGCUCUCCCUCUCAAUGGUGUGGGCCAACAACGUCUUCCUCGGCUGCCGGUAUAGCACAGAGCUGCUGGAAAAAGUGAAGGAAAUGGCUGAAGGCAUCGUAGUGGAGGACGCACCGGUCUUCAAGACGAGAGAUGAGAUUGUUAAGAAGCAACAGGGUCGAUGACCGGACCAGUCAUGCUGGAUCAACACAGACUGGAUUCAGCUUUUAUCACGUCAGACUAUUUUUUUUUUUUUUUUUAAAUAGUUUUACAAUCCUGGUGUUUUUAACCCUUACCUUACCCUAACCCUAACCCUUUGUGAGGAGUUCAGACAUCAAAAGACAUUUUUAUUUUGAGCCAAAAAACUGGCCUUUUCAGACUUUCAGCCUUUUUUAUUUGUGCACAAACAGCAGCGGUGUCUGCGGGAGUUUGUGAGCCCCACUGCUCGACUAUUUCAAUCACAGUUUUACUUUUUUUUUUUUUUUUAAAAAUGUGUUUUUUAAAUGUAGCUUCAAACUAAAGAUGACACUGGUGUUCUUGUCUGAAGCACAAUAAAGAACUUGUUUUAUCA